UAAGAGUUUGUAGGUGCUGUUUUGAUCUUUGGUAUCCAAGUCUUCUCUAGAAUACUGAGCCUUGCGGUCAUCUAAUGACGAUGGUUGCCUUAGAUUUCUCGUGAAAAGAUGAUGACAGGAGAUGGGCGCAAGUCUCCUGUCCAUGUCCACGUGGACAGAGAGACUCCUGUUCAUGUACAUCUCAAGAAGAAGAAAAAAGGAAAACCAGGGGUCCCAACAGCAGUUGAGCAAAGGCUGCGAACCAAAAGGCAGAGUGGUUUGACAAGAUCUACUGGUCAGAGGAAAGCCAUCAAAUCUUCUUCUCCUCCUUUUGUGCCUCCCCCUGGGAAGACAUCAAAGAGACCAUUUGCAUGGGAGGGUCCUUCACAUCGCUUAGAAGUCAGCCCUCCCCACGGAGGUGGAACACUGAGAAUGGAGGAUCUUUCUACUUCUGAGGAAGAUGAGGUACAUGGAAAGAUAAGAUCAUAUGAGAAAAAGAUUGGCAGUUUGAUGUCAGAAGUUGGAAGUCUAAAAACUGAGAGGGAUAUGCAAAGAGCUAGACAAGCUGUAGAAAAGAAGGAUGAGCAACUUGAUGCCUCUCGAAGGAUUCUUGAAGCACAGGAAGAUGAGCUUUUUGGAUAUAAACAAGAGCUAAAAGCCACUGUGAAGGAAAAUGAGGCUCUGCGUCAUUCAAUAGAGAAAUGGAAGGAAGAUGCUGAUGUGACAAGGUCAGAAGUGGGAAAGUUAGCUGGAGAGAGAGCAGCUGUUUUGAAGAAACUAGUAGAAGUGGAAAUGGAUGGAAAAGCAGCUGGGGAACAAGUAAUUAAACUUAGAGACACUAUCAGGAAGCUGAAGGAGGACAAACGAAUGUCUGCUGCGGACACGACAUUACUGACCAGACAAAGAGAGAUGUUGUUACAAAAGUUAGACGAAUUUGAAAGGACUAAUAAAGCAUUGAGGAGGCUGCUUAGAGAACAACAAGCCACGGAGGAAGAACACGAUCAUCUACGAAAACAGCAGGAAGUUUUGCUGAAGAGACUUACACAGUCCGACACAACAAACGAGCGUUUGCAAGUCGAGUUAUCAGAAAGAGACAGACAGAUAGAAACUCUGUUAGCUCAAGUAGAAGCUGAUAAGGACCAGGCGGUCGCAUUUGAAGAAUUAAAAAAGACCAUGGAAACAACCCGGGCUCAUCUUCAGAACCAGCUGCGCUCCAAGGAGAUGGAGUGUGGUCGACUUUCAGUGCAGAUAAGAAGCCUCGAGGAGCAGUACGAACAGGGACGAAUCGAAGUAGAACACAUGCAAGGAUUAAUCGCCGCGCAUAGGGACAAGAAUAGCAGAGAAAAAGAAGCUCUUAAAAAGGCGGCAAGAAUACAAAAAGAUCGUGUUAGUGAGAGAGACAAGGAUUUGGAAGUCCUACAGGAAAAGCUUGCCGAAAAGGACCUAGCGCUAAGUGAAACAAAGAGAGCCGAAGCAAGUUUAAAAGAAGAAAAAAGUGACGCUGAGAUAGAAAUAAAAACGCUAAAAAAUCGCUUGAAAGAGAUGCAUGAGUUAGUGGAUACCACAGAAAAAGCAGCUCAGAGUAACAGCGAGAGUCUCACCGCUAAAUUGAGCACUCGAACUCAGGAAGUGAACACGCUAAGAUUGGACAACGAACAACUCCAGGCCGACGUGGCUGCAUUAGAGGAACGCCUUCACGAAGAAGAACAACGGGCCGCUAAUAAGUGUACCGCUGACCUGAAUGAAAUAAACCAACUGAGAACAGCUAUCAAAGAAUACGAGGAGCUUAUUGGGGAUUAUAAAGUACAGAUUGACAAGUAUCGAAGGGAAGCCGAAGACUCCAAGAACAGAUUGUACGAGUACGAGGCUGAAGCACAGAAAAUGCAUCAAGAGAGUGCACUGGAGAAUGAGAAGGUUAAAAUUAAAAUGCAGAAGAGGCUUUCUGAGCUGGAGCCACUCGCAGAUCUACUAAAGUCUUCAGACGCACGUUUGCAGGAUUCUCAAGAGAGGAUUUUAGCUUACGAAAGGAGAUCGAACGAACACGCGAAACUCAUAUCUGAACUGACACAGAAGGUAGAAACGCAAACAGAUCAAUUAGAGCAUCUGCGUGAGAAAUUGAGGAUGGCGCAGGAUGAGACAAGAAGCAUACAGGCGAAGAACGAAGUCUUAGAAAGGAAAUUAGCCGAUUCUGAUCAACAAAACAGAGAACUUAUUGGAGUGAUUAGCAAGAAAGAGGAAUCAUUAUAUCAAACACAGCAAAGACAGGAGGACCUCCGAGCGGAAAAUAUUCGACUUAACCAGCAGCUGGAGUCGUCUGUUCUGGACACAAGGAGACAGGUGGAUAGUCAAAAGGAGAAGGCUCUAGUCAAGGAGCGUGCUGCGCAUGCACGUAUUUCAGAUUUGGAAGCUCAACUGAGCCGAGCGACUGUGUCCAUGGCAGAGCUCAAAAGGAGUAAAGAUGAGACCGAGAGGCGUUACAACUCCAAGCUGUUUGACAUGAGGGACCGGCUUGAACAAGCUAACAGCACUACAAGAAGUAUGCAGAAUUACGUCUCCUUCCUAAAAUCAUCAUACUCUAAUGUAUUUGAUGAACUUGAAUCACCAAGAUGACCUACAUAUCAUAAGCUACCUUAAAAUGUUGCCUAAGUAGGACUCAUUUUUAUUCAAAUAUAUAUUUUUUUAAACGUCAAAACACACUUAACGGUUUUUACUCCCUCCCCAAAAUUUGUUUUGUUAUCUGUAUAUAGCGCUGAUUACACCUAGAAACAUCUAAAUUUAACUUUUCUGUCUCGAAAUUCAGCAUUUUAACUUGGUCAUUCUUAUUUACAUUUUAGUAAAUAUUUAUUAUGACUUUUAUACACACUCAAACAUCCCCUAUAUAAGAACGGAUGUAAACAUUUGAUAUUGUAAUGCAUUCGUAUAGAAGUUAUAUCUCACUGUGAAAGGUCAGGGCAAGAAAUAUUUUUUCGAUUUGGUCCUAAUUUUUUAUUAAACAAGCCUUUCUUUUAAACGUUGUUCCAUCUCGACAGACAUUAGGGACUUUAAGAAACCACGACGGCGACGCCAAGGAAGACUUCGAUUAAAAAAUGAAUUUCUAC